AUGGGUUGCGGCGCAUCGGCCAGCCAGGUGUCAGUGCCGAAACGACCCAGCCAAUUGUUGCGGCGAUCGUCGCACGAAGUUGACAAUCCAGAUCCAGAGCUGCAGCUGCUGCUCGAAAACCAUGGCCUGUCUACGCAAAUGCAGUCUUUGCAACAACUCGGCGUGACAAAGCCUGGUCACAUCGCAGACUUGCUGGUCACCGAUUUAGAGGAGGCAGGCUUGUCGCGUGUUCAAAUUCGCCAGCUUCAACGAGCUGUUGCCCGAGCGCCAGCCUCCACCAGUUCCGAAUCACCCGUGGUUUCACCAGUUGGAAUUCGAGCCAAUACCGGAGAUGCAGCGACUACUCCGGCCAAUGGCGUCACAGUGUCUCCGAAGGAGUCAGUGCACGCAGUCCAAGAUGCAAUUCCUGACCCAGCACCUGUUGUUGCGGCACAGUUCGCAGCUAUCCCGGCAUCGAUACCGUCACAUCCUAAUGGGCAACCCAAGCCCAUCACUUCCGGGCACGGCUCGCUGAAGGAGCCUGGGAACAUCCCGGGCUUAGAUGUGAGCCCUGCUGACAAACUCUGUGCGGACGAUGGUACUCAGAUGGCAAGAAACACAGGACAGGCACCUCCGAAGGAGAAAACGCCGACCCAUCAGUCUGGCGGAAAGCCGCCCUUGUACAAAAAUGCGUUUCCAAGCCCGAAAUCGCCAUCUGUCAGCCCCACGCAGCAUUCAUCACCGGCCAGAGCGGCCACAGAUCGUUCUAGAAUUGAUUCCCGGACAAUACCUGGGAGUCCCCCUCUUCCGCACAGUGUGGGAGACGAUGAGGAUGAUGCGCAUGCCCACGCAGAUAGUAACAUCGAGAAUGCUGCAGAGCCGGAGAGCACCUUGGAGUUUGAUGUGACUUUGCUGCCGGAACUGGCGUCGGGGAAGGAGGACCUGGUGCAAGGAUACGUUCCAUCCCCAGCUGCAAAUGCGCCGGCAAGGCUGGGCGCAUUUGGGGCUGGACCGCAGCCGCAGGUGGGCCGUGGAGGGCCUGCGCCCAGCGCCCAAAUGCCAGCGGCGCUUCGGCAGCGUCUAGAAGCGCGCGAGGAGGAGCUGCGAGGGAAGCGAAAGAGCCGCCCGUCCGAGAAGUCGGACGAGCCCAGGACGCGCAGCCCCCCCACUCGCCGCAGUGCCUCUGAAGGUCCUUCCGCACAGCGCGUGCAAGCCAGGGGCCGACCUGCCUCUGUGGGCGCCGUGGGGAGGCAAAUGUUCGACAAGAACGAGCUCCGGGCCGCCCACCGCGACCUUUUCGUGGAAGCCAUUGAGAAGUAUCAGGCCAAGAUUCCGGCCACUGUAGAUUCGAAGGCAGAUGGAACGCACCUGCCGAACCUGAAGCCGGUUCAGGUCUAUGCACGGAAACGGCCCCUGUUUAGCGACGAGACCGCGAAGCGCAAUGACUUCGAUGUUUUGCAUGUCAUUCCUGCCAAAGGUGCUUCAGAACAGCUUGUCCUUCACAACUGCUUGUUCCAAGCAGACCUCCGAACCCCAAUGGUGCACCAUCUACGCUUCGCAUUUGAUCGGGUUUUCUCGCAUGAGGCAAGGGAUGAGGAGGUGUACCAGGUCUGUGCUGCAGGCCUUGUAGCAGCAGCCCGCGCGGGACAGGCAAGCACAGUAUUGAUGUUUGGGCAAACAGGGAGCGGCAAGACACACACCAUGAGGGCCAUCGAGACCCUUGCUGCAGAAGACUUAUUUCGGGAUCUUGGGAAGAACAUGCUAUCGAUAAGUUUUGUGGAGCUUCGAGGGGCGCGCUGCUUCGACUUGCAGGUUGCAAACUUGCCUGAGCUGAAGCUUCGAGAGGUGCGUGAGGCAUCCGCAAAUUUCUUCGUGCCCGAAGGUGCUGUGGAGGUACAUCCUCAAAGCGUCGGCGAAGCCUGCGCAAUUAUUCAGACCGCCCGACAGCGCAGAGCUACCUCUGUCACAGAAGCAAAUGAUGAAAGUUCCCGAAGCCAUGCCAUCUGCACUAUACGGCUACUGGAUACGGGAGGUUGCUUGACUCUGGUGGACUGCGCUGGAACAGAACGGCGGAAAGACUCCGCAAAUCACACGCGUGAGCGGCAGCAUGAGGGAGCCGAGAUCAAUGCCUCGCUGUAUGCCCUCAAGGAAUGUAUUCGGUUCAUGUCCACGAGGCAGCGUAUCCCACAACACGCUUUUCGAGCCUCGGCGCUCACAAAGCUGCUCGCACGAUCGCUGUCUCGCUUGGAAACAUCUCUCCUGGCCGUCAUUUGCACGCUAGCGCCGGCGGCAUCAGAUACUGAACAUACGCUGUCUACGUUGCGCACGGGCGCGGCUCUGCGAGUGAAGUCUUCUUGUGGGACCGAGCGGGAAAUACUGCAAAGCGUUUCAGCGAAGAAUCACGAUCCACACCCUCGACAAUGGUCUCCUCAUGAAGUACAUGGCUGGCUUCGGAAUGUCGAGAACGGCUGCUUUGCGGACGUGUGCGCAGCGCUCCCCGCGGAGUUCACCGGCCAGAUGCUAGUUCGGCUCACCGAGGCUCAUUGUUCGCGAUUGUGCGGCUCGCCAACCCGAGGCCAGCUGCUCUUCGAGCUGCUGCGUGAGGCCAUGCGAAGUUCAAAUCAGACACAACCUUAG